GAUUGACCGGAACACGUGGGUUCCUGCUACAAUGCGAUCGUUGCUGUAACACGUUUUCUGCUGAAGUGCUGCCGAUAUUGAUAUUUACAUGGCAGCAGCGGUUGCUAGCAUGGGGGAGAUAGAAACCGAGCCGGUGCGGCCCAAAGUGACUGAUGCCAAAGGAAUCCUCCAGCAGAAUCGAGAGUUCCUUGAUUUUUUUUGGGAUAUCGUGAAACCGGAGCAAGAAAUACGAUUAAAAGCCAUCGAAGAUCUGAUCUGCUAUCUGAAAAACAGCGAGAAGCCGGAUGAGCUGAAAUACACCCUGAAGCGACUGGUGGACGGGCUGUCCCACACUAGAGAGACUGCGCGGCCUGGCUUCAGCUUGGCUCUGGCCCAGGUCCUGCAGGUGUUUGAGGAGAUCCCACUGCAGACAACACUGGACCAUAUUAAGGAAAAGAACAACCUGGAGACAGUGAAGAAGAAACUCAGAAGAAAUGCUGCAUUUGGGAAUUUCUUCGGAGUGUUGGCUUUGUCCCAGUCGGGACGCCUCCCUAAGGAGCCCAAAGUGGUCCUGGAGUGUGUGAAGCUGCUGCAGAGCCUGGACCAGUUCAGAGAGCACCUGAAGGAUCUGCCCAGGAAGACCAUGGUGGACAUCCUGUCUGAGACUCCAGAGGCAGUGUUUGAAGAGGUGCUGUUGGGGGCGCUGCAGAGCGACCUGUCCUCAGCAUUCAGCACCCCAGAGCGGCUGCACCUCCUGCUGGUCGGCAUCCAGAAGUUCCCAAGCGUGCUGAAGCCUAAGAAACUGAAGAAGCUCCUGGGGACGUCCACAGUGGUCACAAUGGAAAACAUCCCAAAGCUGAUAGAGGUGUUAAAAAUGGCAGCCAAGUCCGUGAAGAAGGACCAGACUCUUCCUCCCGUGGGUCUAGACCUGUUACAGAUAGCUCUCAGGGAGGACAGCUUCGAGCUCUUAUGGAGAGAAGCUGUCGUCAAUGGUCUGCUGUUAGAUCAGUCAGGACCCAGCAGCUACAUGUGUUACCGGCUGCUGGGCAGUGCGCUGCCGAUGCUGUCCCUGCCACAGCUGCGCCAUGUGCUGACGGGGGAGGUGAUGAGGCACUACGGGGAGCACGUGGUGUCUGCUCAGCUCCCUGACCGGUUCAAGUUUGCCCCCGAGAUGGACAAGUGUGUGGAGGAGUUCCUGAAGGGUUGCACUGACCCAGAGAAACAGCUGGCUGUGGUGUUGAGCUUCACCUUGCUCACCAACCAAGGCUACCCUGUGAUACCUACCUUCUGGAAGGCAGUGCAGCACCUGGAGCUGUCUGCCCUGCAGAAAUACGUGGAGUGGCUCAAGGACAUGUUCAUCAACCCGCAGCUGGACUCCUGCCUGGAGUUCUCCACCAGAAGACAGCAGCGAGUCCAGGAGUCCGGAGAAAGGAGUGACUCCUGUGUUACUCGCCUGCGGAAGUGGAUUAUCCCGCGCCUUGUUUCCAUUGUGGAGAAUCCGAGUGUCAGGAAGGAAGAGGACAUGGUGAUGGAUAUUGCCAGGUUUGUUUUCUUCCAUUCUUUCUUUGAUGCCAAGAAACCCACCCCCGACAUCCCAGAGACAGAGGCCAAGUUUGCUGUGCCCUUGGACGAAACCAUUCAUGGGGUCUUCGCUAACUCAUUUUUCGGGCUCCUCCAGCACCUCAACCACCUGCCUGUGCUGGGAGACUCGCCCGAGGUGGCUGCUCAGAACGAGAGACGCGUCACUGGGGUCACUGCUGAUGGCACCCUGUGGAUCGUCUGCCUGGUGCAGUAUGCUGACACCCUGUUGAACCACAGCAAAUACGUCAGGCAUGUCAAGCCCUUCACAGACCAGCAGAGACAAGCCUGGAACAGGAUGUUAGCAUCUGUGGAGGCACUUCGUAAAAAGUCAAAGAAAGCCCAGAAAGUGGAGACCUCUGCCUUCCAGCAGCUGUUCCUUCUCGUGGGAAUCUCUCUGUUUAAGGCUCCAGAAGAGUGUGCUGACCUGAUUCAGGAUCUGCAGAGCUGCCUGGAGAGAGCACAGGAGAAGACAAGCAAAAAGCAGAAGUCCACUGGAGCUGCGGAGGGGGCAGAGGAGCCCCAGUGGGUGGAGGUGCUGGUGGAGAUCCUGCUCUCUCUGCUGUCGCAGCCGAGCCGCCUCAUCAGACAGGUGUGCCGGCAGAUGUUUGGGACGAUCUGUCCCCACGUUACCCAGACAGCUCUGAAGGCCAUCCUGAAUGUCCUGGACCCAGAAGCCAGCGAGGAGGAUAGCCUGGUGCUGGUGACAGAUGAGAAAGCGUCUGGAAAGAAAGGCAAAACAGACCAGAAGACUGAGGAAGAAGAGGAGCAUGAGGAUCAAGAGGAUGAAGAGGACUCUGAUUCUUCUGAUAAUGACUCUGAGGAAGAGGAAGAGGAGGAGGAACAGGUUGUAGAUGACAACUUCCGUCUGCAGCUCAUGAAGGUCCUACAGGGUCAGAAUGCCCUGGCAACAGAGGAGGACGGAAACGAGGAGGAGGAUGUGGACGACGAGACCAUGAUGAAGCUGGACCACAGCAUCGCAGCACUCUUCUCCGAGCACAAGAAGCGGAUCCAGGCCAAGAAGGACCAGAAGGAGAGGCUGAGGAAGGAGAAGAACCUGGUCAGAGACUUCAAGAUCAAGGUGUUGGACCUCGUGGAGGUGUUCCUCUCGAAACAACCAGAGAGCCCGCUGGUGUUCGGCAUCAUUGAGCCUCUGCUGAACGUCAUCCAGGCUGGCAUGAGCUCCGAGUCCAACCAGCAGGAGCAGGACUUUCUCCGCAAGACCGCAGACAUCUUCAGGAACCAGCUGUGCAAUAAAAAGCGCUACUGCAAGAGUGCAUCGCACAUGGGUGAGGAGCUCCACAGCAUGAUGGAGAGACUGCUGGCCAAGGCCCAGCGGCAGCCCGACUCCUCUGUCUCUCUCUACUACUUCAGUGGCGUGCUGUACCUGGUUCGAGUCCUGAGGGGGAAUGAUCCCUCUUCAACAGUGCCCCCUGGUGGUAAACCUGAAAAGCAGACUGCUGCAAGAGAGUCUAAGACUGUUGAUGAACCCCUGGACACCGGCUGUCUGGAUGUCGAGAGGGUGAGUGCUUGCUUCAGAGAGGCCCUCGAUACCUUCAUGACCAGGAGGAAGAGCCCUCUGACAGGAUCCAUGUUCGUUGACGUCGCCACCAGAUUCCCCGUGCUGGGUGUCCGGCUGCUGGACGGUGCGCUGAAGUACAUCACAGGUGGAGUGCGGCACCAUCAGCAGGGACAGGCCUGUACGCUGGUGUUGAGGACCCUCCAGAAACCAGAGGUCAGAAAAUUGCUGACAGACUCUGAGUUUCCCCCCCUGAUUCGGCGAGCCACUCUCCAGGUGACAGAGAGUCUGAAAACGGUAACAGAACUCAAGAAGAAGGUGGACCAGGAGAAAGUGUUGAAGACCCUGGAGCUCACUCUGUUCCUCGUAAGGACUAUUCAGCAGCAGAAGCUGCCUGUGAGCCUGUCGCAGCUGGAGUUCGUGAUGCAGCCCCUCUACCAGCUGGAGGGCUUCCGGAGAACUGGGCAGCUGGAGGACACCUACUGGAAUGUGAUGAAACUGCUGGGAGUCCCAAAGCCAAAAGUGGAGAAGGUCAAGAAACCUGAGGAGGAGAAACAGCCACAGGCUGCUCCGAAAAAGAAGAAAGGCUUCCUGCCUGAAACCAAAAAGCGUAAAAAUCGCAAGAAGGCCCCUGGUGAAGAAGGGAGAGGGCAGCCCCCGAAGGACAGCAGCGACGCUGUGGAGAAGGAGGGCAAGUCCAGGAAGAGGAAGCAGGUGGACAAAAAGAGGAAGCAGGCUGGAGGAGGGGGGCCUCGCCCGUCUCCCCCCAAAAAUGCAAAACUAGAACCAGCCCCCAAAAAGCAAAAGAAGAAGACAAAGAAAAUGGGAGGGAAUGAAUAAAGAAAACAGUCCUUAUGAGGACUGAUCAAUCGGACUGGACCUGGACUUGGCUAACUGAUCAGUUUCAGCACCAUUAACUUCUGCUUUGCCUCCCAUUCAUCAUCAUUUCUGGCUUGACCUAAAGAGUGAAAUUUUCCCUCAUGGGUUCAUAAUUGUCAUGAAUGGAGGUGCUCAGGCCAGUAGUUUUACUCCUGUGUAAAACUACUAUUUUAAUUCUCCUUUCUGUAUGCUAAAAAGGAAUUUGGCUUUGAAUUUGGUUUCCCAGUUCUAGAAUAUAUCCAUAAAAUGAUGUCAGCUUCUCAGUCGGUAUUAAUUAAUUUUACUAUUGGGAUCUCUGGUAUACCCCCCCUUCCCAACAGCCUUUGGUCUGUUGUGUCCACAUUGUGUGGGCCCCUGUGUCAUGUUCUGCUGUGGUUCUGAGCCAAGCAAGUGAUGAUAACUCCUUUCAUUUACACGGCACUCAGGAUCCCAUAGGAUAAGGAUCUCACUGUGUUUCAAAUAUAAGUGCAGUAUUGAUCAGCUAUUCACUAUUUUUGUCAGUAAUUAGAAGGUGUAAACAAGUGAAAUAUGUUGUUGAUUCAAAGUGUCAUUUUUGGUCCAAUAUAAUAGUGAGCAGCUGAUCACUGUCAGGUUGAAAGUGCUUGAGCACUAUCCUCCAGUUCUUAUCUCAGAAAGGGUAUAAGGUGGAAUUUGCCAGUAAACAUAUUUCAGUUUGAAGCAGUUUUGAAAUUCUGGCCUGACAUCAAAUGGUCCCGUUCAACGCCGGGCAAUAUAGCUGCAUGAAUAUAUUUAUCUUGUAAAUAUUGAUCUAACUGAAUGUAGUCCCAAAUUUUCUGCCACUGGUGGAGUCGGAGAAGCGCUGAAGUUCAGUAACAGGUUUUGCGAGCUGAUACUCCACGUCAGUCUGCUGUCAGAGCAGCAGCAGUGUCUUGAGCUGGGAGGGAGGUGGUGGAGAAGAUCGGCGGACACCUGCGUGAGCUCGUUCACUGCCUCAGCGUCGCAUCCGAGUAGAUGUCGGAAAAUCGCCGUCCAGAACUUGAGACGGUGUUGAUCUGUAAAAGUCCUGCAUCACAUUUCCUUUCAUUCUCUCCUCGCCAAACUGAUUGUUUUUAAAUUUAAUAACUUUGUAUUGCUAAAUGUUUUUGGGUUUUUUUGUAGUCAUGCUUUAUGCCUGAUAAGCUCAAAUUGCCAUCUGCCAGUUGGCCUGUCUGACAGUAGCUAAUUGAUCCAAGGAUCUGAUUCAGUGUCCUUGAAGAAACUAGGGAAUCGGUUAUCUACGUGGCUGUGGGUAGCUUGCUCCAAACUCCUACAACCCUUUGUGUAAAGAAGUGCCUCCUGAUUUCUCAUUGAAAUAUAUUUCAAAUUAA